CAAUCCUCCUGUUCGGAGAGCCAAUCAGAUGGGAGACUAACCUGCAGCUGCUGAUGGACGUGCUCCUGACCAAUGGGAGUCCAGGCCGUGUGUACGACGCUCAGCUGCCGGCCCAGCUGCCUGUGCUCGCCUGUAACAUGGAUCUGAUGUGGAUGGCCGAGGCGCCGUCUCCACGGUUCGGUCACGGGAUGUUCCUGCUGUGUCUGGAGUCUGUCUACAGGAAGCUGACGGGGCGGGAGCUUCAGUACGAGGCGCUGCUGGGAAAACCUGACCUACUGACCUACCAGUACGCCGAGCAGCUGCUGAGACUGCAGAACCGAAACCACAAGAUCUCUACAAUCUACGCCGUCGGCGACAAUCUGAUGACGGAUAUCUAUGGUGCUAACCUGUACAACCGCUACCUGAGUCAGCAGCAGGCUGCCAUGACGACCACCACCAAGCUUGUUGCCCAGGGAACGGGGAGUCAUGUGACGAUGGCGGCACCAGAGGUGGAGCUGGUUUGUGCUGCAGCUCAGUGUCGCUCCAUAUUGGUGUGCACAGGCGUCUACAACCCUCGCUCCCCGUUGCCUAGCGACCGGAGCAGCGUGGUCACAGAGACGGUGUUUCACAGUCACAGAGACCUGGAGCUGGAGCGAGACCUGAUGGAGCCGCAUCACUUGGUGGAGGACGUGGAGGCCGCCGUCGACCUGCUGCUGCAGCAGGAGAGCACCAUCACUUCUGACCUCUAGAUGGUCCUCUACAGCCUAGCAGCAGGAGACUCCUCUGUAACAUCCAGCAGCAGGAGACUCCUCUGU